GACCAGAUAUAGUGAAUGCAGGGUCCGGGGAGACCGGAUAUAGUGAAUGCAGGGUUCGGGGAGACCAGAUAUAGUGAAUGCAGGGUCCGGGGAGAGCGGAUAUAGUGAAUGCAGGGUCCGGGGAGAUCGGAUAUAGUGAAAUGCAGGGUCCGGGGAGACCGGAUAUAGUGAAUGCAGGGUCCGGGGAGACCGGAUAUAGUGAAUGCAGGGUCCGGGGAGACCUGAUAUAGUGAAUGCAGGGGUCCGGGGAGACCAGAUAUAGUGAAUGCAGGGUCCGGGGAGACCGGAUAUAGUGCAUGCAGGGUCCGGGGAGACCAGAUAUAGUGCAUGCAGGGUCCGGGGAGA